AUGGCCAAGAACAAGAAUGCAAACCAUAAAGGACCGCAUGGUUGCCAAAAGCUGAAAGAACGGGAACCCCGAGCUUCCAUCCGAUUCAAGUGUGCCCUCACCAACACCAUCUUAGACGUCCUUCAGCAGCGACCUGGAUGGGUGGAAGUGAAAGAUGAGGGCGAGUGGGACUUCUACUGGUGCGACGUCCGGUGGCUGCAGGAGAACUUCGACCACACCUACAUGGACGAGCACGUCCGCAUCAGCCACUUCCGCAACCAUUACGAGCUGACUCGGAAAAACUACACCGUGAAAAACCUCAAGCGCCUCCGGAAACAGCUGGAGAGGGAAUCUGGAAAGCUGGAGGCCAUGAAGUGUGACUUCUUCCCCAAGACCUUUGAGAUGCCCUCCGAGUAUCACCUGUUUGUGGAGGAGUUUCGGAAGAAUCCGGGCAUCACCUGGAUCAUGAAACCGGUUGCCCGAUCCCAAGGGAGAGGGAUUUUUCUCUUCCGGAAACUCAAGGAUGUGAUCGACUGGAGGAAGGAUGCCGUGCGCCCCGAUGAUCCGAAAGAUGACAUUCCAGUGGAGAAUUAUGUCGCUCAGCGUUAUAUCGAGAACCCGUACUUAAUAGGGGGACGGAAAUUUGAUUUACGGGUCUACGUUUUGGUAAUGUCGUAUCUCCCUCUCAAAGCGUGGCUGUACCGAGACGGUUUUGCUCGCUUCUCCAACACGCGGUACACCCUGAACACCUUGGAUGAUCAGUACAUUCACCUGACCAAUGUAGCUGUGCAGAAGACGGCCCCCGACUACGAUCCCGAGAAAGGCUGCAAAUGGAUGAUCCAACAGUUCCGCCUCUACCUGACGGCCAAGCACGGGGCCGAAGCCGUGGAGAUGCUCUUCUCCGAGAUGGACAACAUUUUCAUCAAGAGUCUCCAGAGCGUCCAGAAAGUGAUCAUCAGCGACAAGCAUUGCUUCGAGCUCUACGGCUACGACAUCCUGAUCGACCAGAACCUCAAGCCGUAA